AUGGUAAACUUACCAACAAAUGUUACUUUAACAAAUGAAUUAUCUACAGAUGAUAAACAUGGUGCUAUGAUAUAUAUCUUGGGUGUUUUAAUAUGGUAUGCUAUUGGAUUUUGUCUUAUACUUAUGAAUAAUAUUGUUCGACGAAAAGAUCAUUUAAAAAAUUAUAAUCAUUCAAAUAUUUAUCAAUCAACUAAUGAUUUAUAUGAACAAAAAAUACGAAAUGAUAUUUUAAUUGAACUUAAAGAUGAAGAUAAACGAAAAAAAUUAUGGGAAAUCUAUUUUAAUACCAAACAAAUUGUUAGUUCAACAGUAGAAUAA